CGGGGCACGUCACCGCCGAAUGGCAGCCUCCAGAAAGGCACCGCGAGUAAGGGCGAAUCACCAGGAUUUUCAGCUGAAAAAUUUAAGAAUAAUUGAGCCUAACGAGGUGACACACUCAGGAGACCCAGGUGUGGAAAGAGAGGGUGGAAUGGCUCCAAAGGUCACCUCUGAGCUGCUUCGGCAGCUGAGACAAGCCAUGAGGAACACGGAGUAUGUGGCCGAACCGAUCCAGGCCUACAUCAUCCCGUCGGGAGAUGCCCACCAGAGCGAGUACAUUGCUCCGUGUGACUGUCGGCGGGCCUUCGUCUCUGGAUUUGACGGCUCUGCGGGCACGGCCAUUGUCACGGAAGAGCACGCGGCCAUGUGGACUGACGGACGCUACUUUCUCCAGGCGGCCAAGCAGAUGGACAGCAACUGGACGCUCAUGAAGAUGGGUCUGAAGGACACACCAACUCAGGAAGACUGGCUGGUGAGUGUACUUCCCGAAGGAUCCAGGGUUGGUGUGGACCCACUGAUUAUUCCUACAGAUUACUGGAAGAAGAUGGCCAAGGUUCUGAGAAGUGCAGGCCACCACCUCAUUCCUGUCAAGGAGAACCUUGUGGACAAAAUCUGGACAGACCGUCCUGAGCGCCCGUGCAAGCCUCUCCUCACACUGGGCCUGGAUUACACAGGCAUCUCCUGGAAGGACAAGGUUGCGGACCUUCGGCUGAAAAUGGCUGAGAGGAACGUCGUGUGGUUUGUGGUCACUGCCCUGGAUGAGAUUGCCUGGCUGUUCAAUCUCCGAGGGUCAGAUGUGGAGCACAAUCCGGUGUUUUUCUCCUAUACAAUCAUAGGAUUGGAGACGAUCAUGCUAUUCAUUGAUGGUGACCGCAUAGAUGCCCCCAGUGUGAAGGAGCACCUGCUGUUUGACUUGGGCCUGGAAGCUGAAUGCAGAAUCCAGGUGCUUCCCUACAAGUCCAUCCUGAGCGAGCUCAAGGCUCUGUGUGCCAAUCUCUCCCCAAGGGAGAAGGUGUGGGUCAGCGACAAGGCCAGCUAUGCCGUGAGCGAGGCCAUCCCCAAGGACCAUCGAUGCUGUAUGCCUUACACUCCCAUCUGCAUCGCCAAAGCUGUGAAGAAUUCUGCCGAAUCAGAAGGCAUGAGGCGAGCCCACAUUAAAGAUGCUGUUGCCCUCUGUGAACUCUUUAACUGGCUAGAGAAAGAGGUGCCCAAAGGUGGUGUGACCGAGAUCUCAGCUGCUGACAAAGCCGAGGAAUUUCGCAGGCAACAGGCUGACUUCGUGGACCUGAGCUUCCCGACGAUUUCCAGUACGGGACCCAAUGGCGCCAUCAUUCACUACGCGCCAGUCCCUGAGACGAAUAGGACGUUGUCUCUAGAUGAAGUGUACCUGAUCGACUCGGGAGCCCAAUACAAGGAUGGGACGACAGAUGUGACACGGACCAUGCAUUUUGGGACCCCCACAGCUUAUGAGAAGGAAUGCUUCACAUAUGUCCUCAAGGGCCACAUAGCUGUGAGUGCAGCCGUGUUCCCGACUGGAACCAAAGGACACCUUCUUGACUCGUUUGCCCGCUCAGCUUUGUGGGAUUCUGGUCUGGAUUACCUGCACGGAACGGGACACGGUGUUGGAUCUUUUCUGAAUGUUCAUGAGGGUCCUUGUGGCAUCAGUUAUAAAACGUUCUCUGAUGAGCCCUUGGAGGCAGGCAUGAUUGUCACUGAUGAGCCAGGCUAUUACGAAGAUGGGGCUUUUGGAAUUCGCAUUGAAAAUGUUGUCCUGGUGGUCCCUGUGAAGACCAAGUAUAACUUCAAUAACCGGGGAAGUCUGACCUUUGAACCUUUAACUUUGGUUCCCAUACAGACCAAGAUGAUAGAUGUGGAUUCUCUAACAGACAAAGAGGAGGCCCCUUCUGUUGGACUGUGGAAUGGGAUUCUCCCAGCCAGAAGCUGCUUCUGCCUGAUCCUGCUCACAGUGCGACUGGCUCAACAGUUACCACCUGACCUGCAGGGAAGUGAUUGGGAAGGAGCUGCAGAAGCAGGGCCGCCAGGAAGCUCUCGAGUGGCUCAUCAGGGAGACGCAGCCCAUCUCCAACCAGCACUAAUGCCUCAUGGUUUUUGUUUUUGUAAAACGCUCUGGGGAAGGGAAGAAACCUGGCAGAUCCCUGACAUCUGUCCCCUUUCCUCUCCCUUACUUCCCCUUUUUACUUUGAGAUUCUAAGAAGGACUGAAAAUCUUCUUAUCCUCUUUGAUAUUUUCUUGCAAACACUCAAUCUUUUAUGAUUUUUUUAAUUGUUGAGAACUAGCCAAGAAUAAAAUAGCUGCACCAGAAGGAGGGUCCCCGCAAAGCGGAACACUCGAGCAGGGGAGAUGCCCUGAGCAGCCACAGGGAGUUCUUUGGCCAGUGAUGGUGAAACACUGAGUUGACACUGAUGGUCAAGUUCCAGGUGCUAGUACAUUAUUCAUGAUCACCUUGAUUCAUGAGACUGUAUUUAUGAUCAGUGAAUAAAAUGUCCGAAUGUG